AUGCUUUUCUUAGGAUGGCGUGUUUGUGCAUGCGGUUCAGCAUCCCGACACAGGCGCCAAGCUGUUGAAUUGCAGCGCCGUUUGCAGCGCCAGCAGUUUGCUGCGCAACUGCUGAAAAGCUGGCGACAGCUGACACAGGCUGCGCGGCGAAAACGUGAAGAGAGCGCUUCAAUAGUGAUCAGCCAAAGCUUGUCAGUCAGCAUGCAGUCCUCUUGGAACGCGUGGAUCGGUCUCUUGGACUCCUGCCGCGAAUGCGAUGAGGUCGCGGAGCAAUGGUGCCACGCCAUGGUGCUGGAUGGUUGCCGCGCUGCGCUGAACAGGUGGCACCAGGCUGCAUCCCUCUUCCGCAGCUCCCAAGUGCUGCAGCAGAGACGACAGCUGCAGCAUGCGCGCUGCGCGCUUCGGCGAUGGCAGGACUAUAUCCACGAGCAGCAGCGAAUGGCUGCAUUGAUCGAUGCGUGCAACGAGAAGCGCAGUCGUUUCGCCCAGAGACGUGUGAUCUUCGAGCUCUUUCAGCAGGCGCGGAUCAAGUCGUACUCCCGGCAGCUGCUGAGUCUGGCUGGUGAGAAGGCAAAGCAUCUUCUCCUUGGCUUUCUGAAGACGGCACUCCAGAGCUGGUCGACCUAUGCCCAGCAACGGCGGAGGCUUUCGCAGUACGUGGCGGCCUUCCGCAUGCGGCAGGCACACUUUGAAGUCCAUCGCCUCCUUCAUCGCUGGCGCUGCCGACACCAAGAGACCUGUCAACGGCGAAAAUUGCAGCGCCUGUCCGAUGGCUGUUGGCAACGUGUGGCCAAGGAGGCCGCCCGUCUUUGGCUUCGAGCGGCGCAUCGAAUUGCCACGAGGAGCCAAGAGCUGCAUCUUGCAUCGAAUGCAAAGUUCCAAGAGGUCUUAGAUGAGAUCCAGAAGAGAUCCUUCCAGGCCUGGGAGAUGCACACAAAGGAGCAACGCAGCUGGAGGUAUCGUUGCCGCAGAGCCUCGGAAGAGCUGGCGAUCAGGCGCUGUGGCCACGCAUUGCUCUAUUUGCGGAGGGCAGCUGCCUUGACGAGGUAUGGUGACCAGCUCAGAGACGUUGUGGCCUGCGCACGUUCUCAGAGAGCGUUGCGGUUGUGGUUUGGUCUGUCGGAGGUGUCUCGACAACAGCGCUACGCCACAGUGCAGACGCAGAAGGCGUUUUUGAGCAGAUUGCGGCUUCGAUGUCGCCAGUCCAAGCUGAGCAAAGCUGCGGUCUGGUACGACUGCCGUCGAUUGGAGGGCUUGGCCUUCUUAUCGUGGCAGACGUUGACGCAGCUCAGAGAGCAAAAGUCACAGGAUCUAUGA